UGUGCACACCUGGAUAGGGUAUUUGUGCCAGUCCCUCACUUGCUAGGGCUACAGGUGACUCAGUGUAGGGUGGGGCCACCCUGCUGCACCUCCGGAGCUCCAACUCAGUCACUGUCUGGUCUCAGUUCAUUGGCGCCUGGCAAGCGGUCCUUCCAGCUCCUGUGCUACAUCCAGGCUGUGGUGUUCCAAGUGCCCUACUAUGGACUUCCUGGAGGCAGAGGGCGGCUGGAGCCUGUCCUUCGCUGGCGCUGGUUUCUUGGGCCUUUACCACGUGGGUGCCACCCAGUGCCUGCGCCAGCGUGCACCGUGCAUCCUCCAGGGCGCCCGUCGCUUCUAUGGCUCCUCCGCAGGCGCGCUCAACGCCCUGAGCAUUGUUUGCGGCAAGUCGGCAGACUUCUGCUGCUCCAGUCUCCUGGGCAUGGUGAAGCAGGUGGAGCGUCUGAGCCUGGGCAUCUUCCACCCGGCCUAUGGCCCCAUUGAGCAUAUCAGGAAACAGCUGCAGGACACCCUACCUGAGAAUUGCCACAUCCUGGCCUCCCAGAGGCUGGGCAUCUCCAUGACCCGAUGGUAUGAUGGCCAGAACUUCAUAGUCACUGAUUUUGCCACGCGAGAUGAACUCAUCCAGGCUUUGGUCUGCUCCUUGUAUUUCCCCUUUUAUUGUGGGACAAUCCCUCCGGAGUUCAGAGGGGAGCGCUACAUUGAUGGAGCCCUGAGCAACAACCUGCCCUUCUCCGAUUCCCCCACCACCAUCACUGUCUCUCCCUUCUAUGGGACGGUGGACAUCUGUCCCCAGAGCCGUUCGGGCAGCCUGUAUGAGCUGACCGCCUUCAAUGCCAGUUUCCAGAUCUCUACAAUAAACUUCUUUCAGGGGUUCAUAAGCCUGUUCCCCCCAAAGCCUGAGGUGGUGGCUGACUACUGCAGACAAGGUUAUCUGGAUGCCCUGAGGUUCUUGGAGAGACGGGGACUCACCAAGGAGCCAGUGCUGUGGUCACUGGUAUCUAAGGAAGCCCCAGCCCCCAUGGAGGGACCCAGGAGUGCUGACCAUGACCAGGGCCAGAAACUUCGCCUGACCAUCAGAUGGGACAUCCCCAAUGUGCUGGUCAAGGAUGUGCCUGACUUUGAGCUGCUGGCACCGGAGCUGGAGGCUGCACUGAGGAAAGCUUGCAAGCGGGACUUCUGGGCUCGACUCCAGUGUUCUGUGCCAGGGAGGGUACUGACCUAUCUGCUACUGCCAUGCACGCUGCCUUUUGAGUAUGUCUACUUCCGGAGCAGGAGGCUGCUGCUGUGGUUGCCUGAGAUGCCAGCUGACUUGUGCUGGAUGCAGGGGCUCCUGAAGAGUACAGCCCUUGAGGUCUACUCCAUGGCAAAGACUCAGCUCCUCAGGCUGGGCAGGGCCUCUCUGGAUGUCACCAGGCUACUGUGUGUCCAGGCCACUGCCCUCUUCCUGCCCAUUUUGUCAUGGAGAAAAGACAGAACAAGCUAAGACACAUCUCAGUACUGGAUCUCCAUGUGGGGGACACAGAGGGCACAGGUGUCCAGCGGAGGUGUGUUCCACCCUGUGCAGCACUGGAACUGGGGCCUCAAGGCCCAGUUCACGGCAGUGACUGCUCUGACCUCACUCAUCGUAUCUGGUCUGCACUCACCUGAAGAGCUGACCCCUGUAACAAGUGCAGAUGGAAAGUGGCCAGCUGGGGAUCCAUUUGUGGGAGUCUUGAUCCUAGAUGGGGACGGAACCUACUGCCCCUGCAACCUGGUUCCUUGGGAAGGUUUCUGGGUACCACACAUACCAAACCUCCUCUGGCCUCUCCUUGGGGUCUCUGUUUCUUCUGUUCCUGAAGAAUCUACACUAUGCCCCUGACCUGAGUGGAGAUGGGUCUGUAGAGAAAUGGAGGUGCCAACAGGAGAAGAGCUUAAGUAAUAAACAGUGGACAAAAGA